CCGCUACUUGUCUGUGGGUCGUACUGUGGCGGUGCUCCGGUGCUGACUGAUUGUAGGGCAGCCGGCGCCAUGUCUGUGAGCGAGAUCUUCGUGGAGCUGCAGGGCUUUUUGGCUGCCGAGCAGGACAUCCGAGAGGAAAUACGAAAAGUUGUGCAGAGUUUAGAACAAACUGCUCGAGAGAUUUUGACCUUACUCCAAGGGGUCCAUCAGGGCACUGGGUUUCAGGACAUUCCAAAGAGGUGCUUGAAAGCUCGAGAACAUUUUGGCACGGUAAAAACACAUCUAACAUCCCUGAAGACCAAGUUCCCUGCUGAACAGUAUUACAGGUUUCAUGAGCACUGGAGGUUUGUGCUUCAGCGCCUGGUCUUCCUGGCGGCCUUUGUAGUGUAUUUGGAAACAGAGACUCUGGUGACCCGAGAGGCUGUUACAGAGAUUCUUGGCAUCCAGGCUGUCUGUCAACAGUGUCACUGCUGGAGAUUACUCCCGGCCCCUUCACAUCUCUACUUUCAUCAAUGAGUUGGAUUCAGGUUUUCGCCUUCUCAAUCUGAAAAACGACUCCCUGAGGAAACGCUACGACGGCUUAAAGUAUGAUGUGAAGAAAGUAGAGGAGGUGGUCUAUGACCUUUCCAUCCGAGGCUUCAAUAAGGAGACAGCAGCGGCUUGUGGUGAAAAAUAGGAGCUUUCCCCUGCGGCUGGCCUUGCUGGCUUGGCAGUUGCCGGGGAGGGCUAGCAUAGUGCCUCUUCCUGUAGUUAGCACACCAGUUGCUAAACACUGCGCUUUAUUUUCUUAAUCAGCUGUGUGGUGUGAGUAUCAGAAUUGAAAUACUUUUUUGGAUCUAAAAAAGAAAAGAAAAAAGAAAAAACCUUUCCACAGAUUUUUUUUUUUUUUUUUUUUUUUUGGUUGAGGUUUCAGUGAACUUGCUGUGUUGUUGUUGUAUUACCAUUUUGUCAAGAGUGUAAAUGUUGGUCUCUUGGUCAAAGUCCUUUUUUUGCUUACCUGACUGUUGACGUAUUAAGGACAGGUUUGUUGUCUUGUUUGUGAUUGUCCUAGAAGUAAGCAAUGAUGUUUUCUAGGUCCAGAUUAGUCCUUCAUUCCCAGUUGUAGCCUGGAUACAGUGUGAGAAUAGAAUGGCUGGCAAGAAAAGGAACUUUCUUUUCCCCAUCUUAUUUAAGCCUUGUAAAUUAGUUGAUUUUUUUUUUUUUUUUGGCCUGGGAAAUUUGAGGCCCCGACUCUUUCCCUGCUACUAAAAUACAGCAGAUGAAACCGUACAGUCCAACUCAGAAAGGUCAAGGUGGAAAGAUCCUUUGUUAGGAGUGUGGUGAGGUGAUGUCUUGUGUUGGGUUAGAGUACCUCUUUUCUCACUUACCUUACGUCCCAUCUGUCUGCUGUAGCAGUUAGUCUUUACACCUGUCUUGAGCUAACACCUGUGUGCUAUAUUUGCAAACUGUGAGACCUUUUCCCAGCAGCCAGCUAGAACUGAUAUGGGAGUAGAAAGCCAUCCUCAUGCAUUCAUUCAUUACCUGUAUGGAGGAGUGUGUUCUUAAGAGAAAUCAGUGCUGUGUGGUGUAGAAGAAAGUAAAAUUUGGCUUUAAAAAAUACAUGUGAUUGACAGUAUAUUUUAGAAUAAGAAAUUUUAGGUUGUGAUCCUAUCAGUAUAUUUAAAAUGUAUAGUUUAGGGUAGUCAUGUAAACUUUGUGGGCUCCUCUAUCUCCUCUCGUUUGCAGAUAGCAUAAGCAUUCAUAUCUGGCUAGUCUUGGGGGUAGAACUGAAAUUAUUAAAGUCAAGGCUGGUGGUGUAGCUUUUAGUGAUAGACUUGCAUGGCAGGUGUGAGGCACUAGUCCAUUCCUAGGACUUCAAAAAACUGAAAAACCCAACAAAAAUAGUGCAUUUUUUAUUUUUGCACCCUCUGACAGGAAGCUGCUGACAUUACCAGUGUAACAGGAGAUAUUUAGGUGUGUCACCCUUUCUUGCUUGGUAGCAGUUUGGACUGCUUGUUUGUGCCGUGGGAUAUAUGACACUGGCUUUUAUCAGGCCAUGGUUAAAGACUGACUGGAAAGUGGGGCCUGAGAGUGCAGGCCUGUGCUCCCAGGCACACAGGAGGCUGAGGCACAAGGAUGGCAAAUUCAAGGCUUCAGGAUAGCCUGAAUUCCUGUGACAGGAAAACAACCCAAAAGGCUGGGAGGAGGAGUGGGGGGGAUGUUUCAGUGACUGUUUGCCUCAAAUGUUUAAGGCCUUGGGUUCAACCCCUCAUUGGGCAGUGUGGUGUCAUGAGGCUGACUCUAAUUUCCCAUCUUGAGGGAUGAGGUAUGAUUGCUGUAUAUUGUUGGACAUGUAGAUUAGCCUUCUUCAUGGUUCUUUUUGCAGGGUUAGAAUAAGGUAUUGAGUUAUUUUGUUAGUUUGCUUUUUGAGACAGGCAGGGUUUUGCUGAUAGUCCAGGCUGGCCUGGAACUCGCACCUCUGUUUCCUUUUCCUGAGUACAGGUUUAGGCUCUUGAAAGCGUCUGGGAAUGUAGAAGGCUUUUCAGCUGCAUGGUCAAUUAAGAGACAGGUUGUUCCACAGGUUCUUGCUUUGUUGCUUAAGUGUGGGUUCUGUUAGACAUCUAGACAUCAUUAAAGCUCUUGCCAAAAGUAUCAUUUUUUCCUUUUUAGAGACAGAGGGUGUGAUGUCCCACCUGCAGUGUUGUCUAGGCUGGUCUCAAGUACCUGGGCUCAAGCCCUCCUCUUGCCUCAGCCUGUGAAGCAGCUGGGACUCAAGGUCUGUGCUGUCACUGUGCAUGACCUUGAAAUUCAGUUUCAGAUGCAACAAACAUUGCACUUAAGGGUUAUGUUUCUGGUGUUGUGAUUCUACUUGAGAGUUUAGAAGUGUCAUGUUGCUAAUUAGUUGUGUUCGUUGUGGGCUUGUAAAGCAAUAAAAUUGGUUUUGGUCUCUUUGUAAA